UCCCUUUCACGAUUACCACCAACCGUUCAUCUCUCUUCUUCUUCACCACCUCCCUUCUUCACACAUGGGCUUAAAUUCACACAACAACCGAGUCGAUGAUUAUUCCACUUCGGUGCAUGCAAAUGAACAACAAAACUUAACAACUGUUCCGGUUUCUGUAACCGUUUCCGGCGAAACAAUGGCGAUUCACAGUGUUUGUUUACCGCCUGAAAAAACCACGUGGCAGAAACUCCAGCAUCGGUUAUCGGAGGUGUUCUUUCCUGACGAUCCGCUUCAUGGAUUUAAGAACCAAUCGCGUGUUAAGAAACUGAUUCUCGCUCUUCAGUUCUUCUUUCCGAUUUUCGAAUGGGCGCCUAAUUAUAAUUUUACGCUUUUUCGAUCCGACGUCGUUUCUGGCCUCACCAUUGCCAGUUUAGCAAUUCCACAGGGAAUUAGCUAUGCAAAACUUGCAAACCUUCCUCCUAUAAUCGGGCUAUACUCGAGCUUUGUGCCACCACUGAUCUACUCAGUGUUGGGGAGUUCAAAACAUCUAGCUGUGGGCCCCGUGUCAAUAGCCUCGUUGGUUAUGGGAACAAUGUUAAAUGAUGCGGUUCCAUACAAUAAAGAUCCGAACCUCUACCUUAAGUUAGCUUUCACCGCAACUUUCUUUGCUGGCGUGUUUCAAGCAACUUUAGGAUUUCUAAGAUUAGGGUUCGUGAUAGAUUUCUUAUCAAAGGCGACCCUUCUCGGUUUCAUGGGUGGGGCCGCGGUUAUUGUAUCGUUACAGCAACUAAAAGGGCUGCUUGGGAUUACUCACUUCACAAAUAAAAUGCAAAUAUACCCCGUUUUAGCCUCGGCUAUUCAGCACCGAAACGAGUGGUCUUGGCAGACAUAUGUGAUGGGCUUUUGUUUUCUGGCCUUUUUACUGGCCACAAGACAUAUUGGCAUGCGAAAACCGAAGCUCUUCUGGGUAUCCGCUGCAGCUCCUUUGACAUCAGUCGUCGUCUCGACCCUUUUAGUCACUCUUUUCAGAUCAAAGCUUCACAGCAUUGCCACUAUUGGUCACUUGGACAAGGGUUUGAAUCCACCAUCAUCAAACAUGCUCGUUUUUCACGGCCAGUAUCUAGCGCUAGCUAUCAAGACCGGUAUCAUUACCGGAAUAUUGUCGCUCACUGAAGGGAUUGCGGUAGGACGAACAUUUGCGGCUUUAAACGAUUACCAAGUUGACGGCAACAAAGAAAUGAUAGCGAUCGGUCUUAUGAAUAUGGCUGGUUCAUGUUCCUCUUGUUAUGUCACUACAGGCUCAUUUUCACGGUCUGCUGUGAAUGCCAACGCGGGGGCUAAAACUGUGGUGUCUAACAUCGUAAUGGCGUCAACGGUGCUUGUAACGCUGCUGUUCUUGAUGCCUCUUUUUCGCUACACACCAAAUCUUAUCUUGGCUGCAAUAAUCAUAACUGCAGUGAUCGGGCUAAUCGAUUAUCAAAGUGCGCUUAGACUUUGGAAAGUUGAUAAACUUGAUUUUGUAGCCUGUUUAUCUUCGUUUUUCGGUGUUCUCAUGAUUUCAGUCCCAAUGGGUCUUGCAAUUGCCGUUGGGGUAUCGGUUUUCAAGAUUUUGUUACAUGUGACAAGACCGAAUACGUGUGUUCUAGGAAACAUUACAGGAACACAAAUAUAUCAAAAUGUAAAUAGAUACAAAGAAGCAAAAAGAGUUCCUUAUUUUGUAAUACUUGGCGUUGAAGCCCCUAUCUACUUUGCCAACUCUACAUAUCUACAAGAAAGGAUAUUGAGAUGGAUUAGAGAAGAGGAAGAGUGGUUAGCAGCUAAUAAUGGCACAUCUGUAAAAUGUGUAAUUAUUGAUAUGACUGCUGUGACUGGAAUUGACACAAGUGGUCUUGCAAUGGUGAGAGAGCUUAAAAAGAUGCUCGAGAAACGCUCACUUCAGUUAGUGUUGGCGAAUCCAGGGGGGAGUGUGAUGGAAAAGCUACACCAAUCUAACAUAUUGGAGUCACUCGGGUCGGAAGGCGUGUAUUUGACAGUUAACGAAGCCGUUGCAGACAUAUCAUCGGCAUGGAAAGCUUAGACAAUGUAGAAGAGAAGUAGCAGCAACACAAGGCUACAGUCCUCAGAUCAGUUUCUUUUGUUUUAGUUUAAAGAGUAGGAGAAGAGUCAAAUCCUAUUUGAUGUAAACCCAGUGAGUCAGUGCUAAAUGAGCAAGUGGAAUGAAAAACUCACAUUUUUUUUUCUAUAAAA